AGAUGUUCAUGUUUUCAGUAUGGUAACACUAUAAAAAGAUUGACAAAAUCCACUGAUUCAUCUUUUGGCUUCACAUCAUGGUGGUACAUCAGCACCCUGUAACACUUACAUACAUUCAUAUCAAGCUAAACUGCUGAUUUAGACUGUAUCAGUUAGUGCACUGCCCCAAUUAUGGUUGAUGGGAAUCCAGAUGGGAAUUUUUAUUUUAUUAAGUCAAAAAUAUUUUUUAGUUAUUUUAUCAUUGUUUCACACUGAUUGUUUAAAUGUUCCUCUGAGCUCAUGACAGUGGUGGAAAAGCACUGACCAAGCGAAUGAGACCCAUGCCCAAUGCCAGGUGUGGGCUAGAGGGGUAUAAAGCCCCCCAGCAUUGGGCUGUGGAGCAGUGGACCUGUUUUCUCUGGAGUGAUUGAGGUCCCUCCAAUAUCUCUGGGAUGAUGUGGAGUGAUUCAGAACUGAUCAUCCAACAUCUGUACCUGAUGUCUGUGGUGGACACCAUCUGGUUGAGCCAAAGUCCGUUGUUUAUCAACCUCCUCACAACCACAAAACUUAACAGCUUUGGCUCCACAAAGUCUGAGCUAAAAGCCAUAAAUGGGAUUAAGGUGUUCAUAAAUUUUAUGGCCUAAUGGAAGUCAUGCUGGUACCAGGCACGGACACAGUGGGAGGUUAUCAACCUUCUGCCACUAAGGUUACACAAUGGGGCAAUAAAAAGCUCUUGCUGGAAACCACAGGGUAACUCUAAACUAAAACGUAGUAAAAGAAAACCAAAUUUCUAGAGAUAUCAACUCCAAAUUGCAAUCACAGACCCGCAGGGCAUGAACUUCUCCAGAUCCACCCUGGGCUCCUGGAAGGACUGAAGUCCACCUUCUCAACUCCAAGUAAGGCGGUGUUUACUCCGAUGCAUUCAGGUUUCGAUGCUAUUUUGUUUAACGGGUUAAAAGCUUUUGAUAGAUGUACUUACCCAUAUACAUACGUCUAUGCAUAGGUUAACUCACUGCAGGUCUCUAACUUUCACAUCAAGUUUCGAGUUGCUUUCCCUCAUUACUCUGACCAAUCACAAGCUUCCACCUGUCUUUAAAUAACUCGACUUACAUGUCUGCUUUGCUGCUUCGUUUCCCUCCUUCCUCCCCACCGCCACGAGGUGGUCCCUGCCCAGUUGCCCAGGGGGUAGGCUCCACCCCUACCGUCCCUAUAUGGCAGGACCUCGAUGGUCUAGACGUUCGGGCCAAUGACGGGGCCUGCGCCAAGAACUUUAACUAACAAAAUAGACAAACAUUUGUUAUUUAUUAAAUUGUUAAAUAUUAUUGAGAUUAUAAUAUUUUUUCUUCCUUCACGUUCAUCUCUGGAGUCUUUCUGGGAGAUCAGCCCAGACUUGAAAGGUGCAUUCUCUUCUCAAAGGCUUGAUUUGCCAGAUACACAAGAAGGGCAAACAAAUUAGCUGUUUAACAAUAUGAGACAUGUUUUUAUUGUUUAUUAAGUUGCUGCUAAUAAGCAACAAAUAAAACACACUGUAAACAAAAUUCAGUCAGUUCAACCUAACAAUGUACUUCACGUGACAUUUUAAUCAAUUCUAAUAAAUACUUUAACUGAACCAAAGCAAACUAAAAUAACGUUUUACAUGAACAAAAUCGAUAUUUUUCAUCAAUCACUCAGAAAACUUCCACACUGUUCCAGUUUUUAAAGUGUAAACAAUAAAGCAAUUCACUGUGCAGUCUAUUUGCAAUACAAUUAAUUUAAUACAGUCAUCUCAGCAUAUGAAUGUUUAAUAAAUGUGUCCCCAGGAAAUCUGGAAGGCUGCUCUGAUCCUUUGUAAAAAAGUGGAGAAAGUGGAGAAAACAGAAAUCCAGUUAGUUACAUUUCAUUUCAUGGCAUGAUUAAUUAAAUUAAAUUUUAAUUCCAGUCUGCAGUGUCCCACACCUCAAAAACCAUUAGGCUUAAGUAGUGUUUUCACAUGCUGUACUUCACAAGCUCAAAUGAGAAAUUGGCUCUUAUGUAAGAAGAGUAAACAUUUACAAAACUGAACAGUGUUGACACUUCAUUGGCUUUCUUUGUUAAACAAGUAAUGUUGUUCCAACCUUCUGUCAAGUGUGCAACACUGUUCACUUCAUUUUUCACAAAACAGAGCCUUAUAAAGUGUUUAAUACCUGACAAACUAAACAGAAACACAAGGCUGUGAGUACACAGUGAACAGAACUGAGGGAGAUAAUGACACGGAUAAGGACUAUAAUGGCUGUAACAGGAAGAUCAGAUGAGUGGGUGGAGCCAGGACUGGAAAACUCUGACUCUUUGACUUCUGAGGUCCUAAAAAAAGUCUCUUCUAAAAACCCACUCAGUUCUGCUUUUAUCGCAUGUUCACAGAAUUUUCAUAUUUCUCACAUCCACCAACAAUGAGGCUGCAUGUAACACUGGUACUCCUCUGUGUGCUUUUCCCUAAAGCGCUGGCACUGAAGUGUUAUCAGUGCAUACCAGAGCUGUACAAAUCCUGCAAAGAGACACAGACCGACUGUCCAGAUCAGUGUGCCAGCAAAACCAUCUUCAUGAACGUUGAUGGUGAAAAACAGGAGAUGCAUACGAAGAGCUGUGCAGAAGCAGAGCAGUGUGUCACUGGGAGCCUAAAUCUGGGGUUUAUAAAAAUGACUGUCAACUCAGAAUGCUGCAGCUCUGAUCUCUGCAACAGCCAAAAAGUGCCAGUUUUGCCACAGGGGAGUCCAAAUGGGAAGAAGUGUUACACCUGUACUGAUAAAGACUGUUCAGAGACCGUGAGCUGUGAGGGAGAUCAAGACCGUUGCAUCACUGCCGCAGUUAACUCUGGUGGUGUUCAGCUGACUAUGAAAGGAUGUGGGAGCAAAGAUCUUUGUGCUGGGGACGCAUUGAGCAUGAAGGAAGCUGGACUCAUUGGAGAUGUGAGCUGCUGUGAGGGGAACUUGUGUAACAGUGCUAAAUGUUAAGCUGAGUCAUCUCAUCAUGUUGGGGCCUCUGCUGUCCCCCAUCCUCUUCCUCUAAACUCUCCGCUGCUCUUUUUCUCACAUUUUUUUUUAUCUUUCAAGACCAGCUGUGCUGCGUAUUUGUAACCCAAAUAACUUGAAUAAACAGUGUGGAAACUA